AUGACAUCAAUAUCAUACCAGUAUCUCGUUGGGGUAACAACAGCUUGUAAUAUCAUUCGAGAGACAUGCGAAGCAAUUUGGAGCACAUUGUGUCCAUUGGUUUUACCGCCAGCAUUGUCGGAAAGAGACUGGUUUGAUAUUGCAAAUGAUUUUGAAGAGUUGACCAAUUUUAUUCACUGCAUUGGUGCCAUCGAUGGAAAACAUGUAACAAUUCAAUGUCCCAACAAUGCUGGUUCCACGUACUACAACUAUAAGAAUGCUCAUAGUGUAGUAUUGAUGGCCAUUUGUGAUGCACGUUAUCUAUUCCGUUUCGUUGACAUCGGGGCAUAUGGACGACGAAGCGAUGGAGGUAUUUUCGGCAGCAGUGUUAUGGGCAAGAACUUCAAUGCAAACGGCAUGAAUGUACCGAAGCCAUCAGCUGUUGCAGAAGGACGAAUUCUGCCAUACUAUAGACAAUCCAAGUGGCAAAAUAAUAAUAGAUUAAAUUUAGACAGUGAGGGUGAAGAGGUUUACCACAGUUCACGAAACUCACAAAACAGUGACGAGGACAUAGAUUUCCUCAGUAUAAUUAAAGAUAAUGACAUUUUAUACACAAUUCAACCGCGUUACGGUUACGAUUAUGACGAGGAGUCAGAAAAUGACGAGGAGUCGUCCGAAGAUUUCUUAAAUGACGAGGAGUCGUCCGCGAAAUUCUAUAAUGACGAAGAGUUAUUCCGUCAACACAAAAAUGAAGAGAAGGUUAUUCGUAGAGGCAAAAGCGACGAGAAGUCGUGCCUGAAAGGCACGUUUGACGAGGAGUCAGCCGGAGAUUAUUUCCGCAUCCCUGAAAAUAAAAAUAAAAUUAAUAAGGUUGAUAAUUCGCGUGUAGUAGUAAGUGACAACGAGUCACAAUUUAAUAGUGAAAAUGAAGAAGAAGACGUAUACUUACCUAAAAUAAUAAUUCCAUCCUUACAUCCAUUGUAUCAAAAACAGCAGGAAGCGUCAGUCAAUUAUUUAAUAAGUCUAAAAACAGAAGUGUUAGAUAUCGCACAUUCAUUAAAAUCGAUAACAAAAAAUAGUCCGCGAAAGUUUGAAAUGUUAGAAAGGGUAGACAUAUUAGAAAAGAAAGUUGUGGAGAAAAAGAAAGAUCAAUUAAAUUUUGUAGAAAUAGAGUUAAUAGAGAAGUUAGAAAAGUGUAUAGAUUUAUUGAGAAGGGGAUUAGUGCAGAACGAAAAUAGCACGCAGGAUGCCCGAAACUUUAAAAAAGGCGUGAGCGUGGAACCGGAAGCUCCGCUGGAACCGGCUCCAUCGGUCGCUACGGAGGUCGAGAUUGUGGCCGAACCCACAAGGAAGGAUCAAACACCGGAGAGAAGCACUGAGGAGGAGAUCUACGGUAAAGCGCAGUGCGCUGUGGAUAUGCUCAGCGCAUUUAUCUCGGAGGAGGCCCGGAAGGAGGAAGAAAACACCGGCAUGCAAGAUGAACAGCAACCGGGUGAUCGGGCCAGUCCAAUUGUGGACAACGAAUAA